UGUGUCAUACUGAGCGUUUUCAUCCUAGGGAGAAAAGGACCUAGAUCAACUCUGAUGAUAUUUCUUGAAAACUAAGUUGUAUUUAUGUUUGUGAGUUAUUAUUGUUUGCUGUGUGUGUUGAAAAUUGUGUAAAUACCGGGGUGUUGAGCUGGCAGCCGUUAGUUUGCUUCCUACUCAGGUAGCCGAGUUUCAAGACAAGUAUCAUUUCAGCUACUUUAACCUUAAUGUUACCUGGGCUGUUUACACAAACAGUGUCUUUUAACGACGCGAGUAUCUACAUUAUUCGAGGUGCUCUAAUUCUUCUUGCUCACUGUUCACGGUUUGUAUUUCAGUCUGGAUAUGGAUGUUUAGUGCUAAAGCUAAAUGCGACAUGUAACAUCAGGAGGCUGGGUUCCAGCUAAACCCACACAGUAAUGAAUGCUGCAAAACAAGAAAUCAAAGUAAAAAGAGUGUCCUCACGGAAGAGGUCAAGGGACAGGUUUAAAAGUGAUUUGACACCUGCCAAAAAGAAAGGAGGCAUGUGUUUACUGAAAUAUCCCCCAAACGACUUAUAUGGUACCACUAUGGCUGAUACUAAUGUUGUUGAGUACUGCAGUGACAGUGAAGACUUCUUUGGGGGCUACGAUAGUAUCUUGGAGGAUAGCUCUGUCUUGGCUAAACUGGACUAUGCAGAGCAGAAUGAAAGGCAGCAGGAUGUCCAACAUGCAGCCCAGGACAGACCAGGGAAUCGGCAAGGCACUAACUUCACCUCUCUGCGGCUAUCAAAAGACAGCACCCUAAAACGGGCCUGUGAUGAUGUUCUCACUGACUCCAUUUUAGAAGGUCUGCAAGAUGAACCUUUUGAUUACUUACCAGCCACACAGUGUGAAUUUCAAGAGCAGAUUCUGGAAAAUACUAAAAGGCACAAACAUCAUGAUGGAGAGAAAACCUCUACACCUUUAAGAGACACAGAGAAAUUGGCUGAAGCUGAUGUAGAGAGUGACAUUUUACAUAAAACCAAGAGACAACGUGAUAUGCCCAAAGCAAGAAGAAGUGUGGCAGAUCAGCUGAAGAGAACUAUGCUUUGCAAUGCAGCUGCUCCCUCCAGUGUUUCCCGCUCUGUGGUACUGAAAGAAGCAGUGGUUUCUGAGGAGAUCAGUGUUGCCAUGCAGGCCAUGGAAACUGUAUCUGCAGAGACAACAGACCUGGGGCCUUUCUUUGGCCUUCCCAGUAAAGUCAAGGACCUGACAUACAAACUUAAAGGAAUCAAGAACCUUUAUGAUUGGCAGGAGAAGUGUCUGAACUUGGACUGUGUUCAGGAAAGGAAGAAUCUUAUCUACUCACUUCCUACCAGUGGAGGGAAAACCCUUGUUGCUGAGAUCCUCAUCCUCAGAGAGCUGCUGUGUAGAAAGAAAGACUGUCUGUUCAUUUUACCAUACAUAUCACUGGUGCAAGAGAAGGUGCGUGGGUUAGCAAGCUUUGGCCUGGAGCUUGACUUUAUGGUGGAGGAAUAUGCUGGGAGCAAGGGCAAAUUCCCACCCGUGAAGAGAAGGAGCAAGAGCUCACUUUAUGUUGCGACAAUAGAAAAAGCUCACAGUCUGGUCAACUCUUUAAUAGAGACCAACAGACUGGAUAGCCUUGGACUGGUGGUUGUUGAUGAGCUCCACAUGCUGGGUGAUGGAAACAGAGGGGCAAUUAUUGAAAUGACACUGGCCAAAGUUCUGUACAUGAGUAAAACAACUCAGAUUAUUGGAAUGAGUGCCACUCUGGGAAACAUAAAAGACCUACAGAUGUUUCUGAGGGCUGAAAAUUACACCAAUGACUUCAGGCCUGUGCAGCUGAAGGAAUAUGUUAAAUUGAGAGACACUAUCUAUGAAGUGGACCCAAAGGAAGAGGAAUGCUUCAAGUUCUCUCGUGUUCUUAACUUCAAGUACUCCAGUUCGAUGCAGAAGAUCGACCCAGAUCACAUCAUUGCUCUGGUGACUGAAGUCAUCCCCACACAAUCAUGUCUGGUGUUUUGUCCCACCAAGAAAAACUGUGAGAACGUUGCAGGGAUGAUCUGCAAAUAUCUAAAAGAGGACUUUCUAAAGCACAAGGAGGCAGAGAAAGCCCUGCUCCUGAGAGAGCUGAAGGACAGUGGGAACGGCUCCAUGUGUCCAGUGCUCAGGAGGACUGUUCCUUACGGUAUUGGCUACCACCACAGCGGGCUGACCACCGAGGAGAGGAAGCUUGUGGAGGAGGCAUAUUCCAGCGGGGUCUUGUGUCUGCUCACCUGCACCUCCACCCUGGCAGCAGGGAUCAACCUUCCUGCCCGCAGAGUGAUUCUCCGCUCACCAUAUGUGGCCACAGACUUCCUAAAGAGGAGUCAGUAUAAACAGAUGGUCGGGAGAGCUGGUCGGGCAGGGAUCGACACAGUGGGAGAGAGCAUCCUCAUCCUACAAGACAAAGAGAGGACCAUGGCUAAAACACUUGUAUGUGCACCAGUGGAGAACUGUUACAGCAACUUGCUGCAUGACGAUGGAAAAGGCCUCCUGAGUCUCAUCCUGUCACUCAUUGGAUUAAAAGUCACCACAUCAGUGGAGCAGGUGACAGACUUCCUAUCUCAAACCCUCCUUCAUGUUCAAGAGAAGCAGCUGUGUGUGAAGAAGAGUUUGUGGGAGUUUGCACAAGAGUGUGUUGAAAUGCUAAAGGAGAAAGGUCUCAUCACUGUGACCACAGAUUCACAGAGUGAAGCACUGCAAGUCACCAGGUUGGGAAAAGCAACUUUUAAAGGUUCAGUGGACCUGACCUACAGUGACAUACUGUACAGUGACUUGUCUAAGGGUCUGGAGGGUCUGUUGCUCAACAGUUACCUCCACCUAGUCUAUCUAGUCACACCAUAUGAUAUGAUUUCCCAGUGCAAACCAGAAUGGAUGAUUUACUUCAGACAGUUCACCCUGUUGUCUGCAGCAGAGCAGAAGAUGUCUGCAGCUGUGGGAGUGCCUGAGAGUUUUGUUGCCAGAAAAGCUGCUGGACAGUCAGUGAAGAAGAAUGUGAACAUGGAGGCGGUGACGCGGAUGUACCUAGCCCUGGUGCUUUUCUCUUUGCUGAAGGAAACAAACCUGUGGAAUGUGGCUGAAAAGUUUCAGCUCAGCCGAGGCUUCAUUCAGACUCUGCUCAACUCGUCCUCUGCCUUUUGCUCCUGUGUGCUGCACUUCACAGAGGAGCUUGAGGAGUUUUGGCCGUUCAAAGCUCUGCUGAUGGAGCUGACACGAAGGCUGAGCUACUGUGUAAAAGCUGAACUUAUCCCUCUGAUGGAAGUGGCUGGGGUCAUGGAGUCCAGAGCGAAGCAGCUGUACAACGCUGGCUAUAAGACACUGACCCACCUCGCCAAUGCUGACCCCAGCAUUCUGGCCAGGUCAAUAGAAAACCUUUACAAGAAACAGGCCAGUCAGAUAGUGGCCUCUGCAAAGAUGAUGUAUCUCUCUUUUCCAGAUGCUUCUGAAUGAAAAGGCAGCAGCACUUCAGGAAGAGGUGGAUGACUUGCUGAUGAUACCUCUGGACCUGCCUUCACAUUGAAAAACACAACUUUUGAGUUUAUUUGUUACGGAGAAGUUUUAUUCUCUUUAUAAGUGGUGUGAAUUUAGUUUUUUUUAAUUAUUUAUCCUUUGAAAACAAUUCAUUAAAAUAAUGAAUAACACUGA